AUGCAGGCACACAUGCUCCUCUGCCUGGCCCUGGCCGCCUUCAACUCUGUCGAUGCAUUCCCACUGGCUGGGCUCUUUGCACGCGAACAGCUCAACUCCAUGGCCAACAUCCAUCUGCCCGGUGUUGCCUCUGCGCGAGGACCCUACCAAGCCGAAGCGUCCGCCGCAGACGCCGCCGAGGUCCUCGGACAGUAG